AUGGAGAUAUGGAAUCAAACUUCAAAUGAUUUCAUUCUGUUGGGGUUGCUUCCCCCAAAUCGAACUGGCUCACUUCUCUUACUCCUUAUCAUCUUCGUAUUCUUUCUCGCUUCAUUGGGGAACUCAACAAUGAUUCACCUCAUACGCGUGGAUUCCCGGCUCCACACUCCAAUGUACAUUCUCCUCAGCCAGCUCUCCCUUAUGGACAUGAUCUAUAUCUCCACCACUGUCCCCAAGAUGGUGCUCAACUUCUUGUCAGGUCAGAAAACGAUCUCCUACCUGGGAUGUGGGGUUCAAUGUUUCUUCUUUGUAACUAUGGCAGGGUCUGAAGGUUUAAUCCUGGCUUCUAUGGCCUAUGACCGAUAUGUGGCCAUCUGCCACCCUCUCCAUUAUCCCAUCCGCAUGUGUAAAAUGAAGUGUGUGAAGAUGAUCAUAGGAACUUGGAUGUUGGGGAUCACCAAUGCUGUACCACACACAUUCUAUGUUCUCCAUAUUCCUUACUGCCGGUCCAGGGCCAUUGAUCACUUUUACUGUGAUAUCCCAGCCAUGGUGACUAUAGCCUGUAUGGACACCUGGGUCUAUGUCUAUGAGUAUAUGGUUUUUGCGAGCAUAGUUUUCUUUCUCCUCAUUCCUUUCCUUGGAAUCACAGCUUCCUAUGGUCGGGUGCUAUUUGCUGUGUACCAUAUGCGCUCCAAAGAGGGAAAAAAGAAGGCCUUCACCACCUGUUCCACACAUAUAACUGUGGUGACAUUUUACUAUGCACCUUUUAUCUAUACUUAUCUCAGGCCAAAGAGUCGCCGCACCCCAGAAGAAGACAAGAUUCUGGCUGUUUUCUACACCAUUAUGACCCCCAUGCUCAAUCCCAUUAUCUACAGCUUGAGAAAUAAGGAAGUUCUAGGAGCCAUGACAAGAGUAUUUCCAAUAUUCUCCUCCAAGAAGAAAUAA